AUGACAACAACUGCUAUCGUUCAUGAAGCCAUUAAAGAAGAAUAUGAAUACAUACAGUAUAACAAACAAUUGAGACUCAUUCGUUCAGUCAAAGAUGACAUGUACCAAAUGCAGAGUAUUUUGACAGCAUGUUUUGCUCCAGAGAAUAAAACACCAAAUGAAUGGUUUGAAUUAAAUAGCACUCAUGAACUCCUCAGUGAGUUUGAACAUGUAGAACUUAAAAAGAUGUACCAAGACAGACAAAACUUACCAUCACAUCUAAAAGAUAUGUUCAUAAGUUCCUAG